UAAAAUAAUCUGACAUUUUGAGAUGGUUGUGGUUAUGCCACAAAUGUCAGUUUUUGUGUUUAAUUGUAAUUUUACCAGUAUUUUUAUUUAAAAAAAAUCAUUAGAGUAAGAAAUAAAGAUGGCUAAUAAAGUGCAACUAUUUAAAACAUUGCGGACUGUAAAUAAUCAGGGUUUAAAGUUUUAUGCGACAGCAGCAGAUACUAAAUCUGCCCGAAACAAAACUUUUUCUGUAUACAGAUGGAACCCUGAUACCCCGCAAAAAAAGCCUUAUCUGCAGGACUAUACUGUAGAUCUAAAUCAAUGUGGGCCUAUGAUUUUAGAUGCUCUUAUUAAAAUAAAAAAUGAGAUUGACCCAACCCUAACUUUCAGAAGAUCUUGUCGCGAAGGCAUAUGUGGAUCAUGUGCAAUGAAUAUUGGGGGUGUGAAUACUUUAGCUUGCAUAAGUAACAUUGAUAAAGAUACUAGUAAAGCCACUAAAAUUUAUCCUCUCCCUCACAUGUAUGUAGUGAAAGAUCUAGUUCCAGAUAUGAAUAACUUUUAUAAACAAUAUAAGUCUAUACAGCCCUGGCUUCAAAGAAAAGAUAACAAAAAUAUUGGUGAUGAACAAUAUUUACAAAGUAUAAAGGAUCGUGACCAAUUAGAUGGGUUAUAUGAGUGCAUAUUGUGUGCUUGUUGUUCAACUUCUUGCCCAAGUUAUUGGUGGAACAGUGACAAAUUCUUGGGUCCUGCGGCAAUCAUGCAGUCUUACCGAUGGAUAAUUGAUUCAAGAGACACCAAUACUCAAGAAAGACUGGAAAAAUUAAAAGAUCCUUUCUCUGUAUUCCGAUGUCAUACUAUCAUGAAUUGCACAAAUUGUUGCCCUAAGGGUCUAAAUCCUGCUAAGGCAAUAGCAGAAACUAAAAAACUAUUAGGAGGAAUUGCUAAAAAGAAGGAACCUGAUAUGAACAGUGUUUGACUUAAUAAAAAAAAUCUAAUUAACAAAUACGAGCAAUUUAUAAUAGAUUACGUUUGAAAGUGUAUUUUUAUUAGCAUUAAGAUUGAUGGAUACUUAAAUAAAAAUCUGUUAGUA